ACCAAAUUGAGUUGUAGACUAGUAGGAGCAGUCAAAUUCAGGUGACGUCUUAUUUCCUAUUUGGCAAAAACGUAAACAUUGCGAAAGGAAAAUCCCCAUCAAAAACCUAAACGCCAAAUCAUCCUAACUGCUUCGUUAUCUGAAGAAGCGAUUCAUUGUCAUUUGAAAACUUUGGUUGUGUUAUAUAUCAGUAAUGAAGACGUUCAAAGAGAGGCGAAGUUUUGAGCAAAGAAGGAAGGAUGUGGAGGAGAUACGUUGUAAACAUCCAAACAAGAUUCCAGUAAUCAUAGAGAGAUAUGAGAGGGAAAGGACACUGCCUCUUCUAGACAAAUCAAAGUUCUUAGUACCAGAUCAUGUGACCAUGGGAGAGUUGGUCAAAAUUGUCAGGCGACGGCUGCAACUCAACCCCAACCAGGCCUUCUUCCUCCUGGUCAACCAAAAAUCCUUGGUCAGUGUUUCAACUUGUGUCGCCGAGGUUUACCACGAUGAGAAAGAUGAAGAUGGUUUCUUGUAUCUGGUCUAUGCUGCACAGGAAACCUUUGGUUAAAGGAAUUGCUCUUGAGGUAUAUCAUGGACUGAUUACAGCAAAAUGAGUGUGUGGGACUACAUGUGAAAAAUAUGAUCUUUGGAGAUCACUGAUUAGCUGCGCCAAAGUGAUGUGGCUGCAUGGACUUAAAUGAUUGUCAAGAAAUGAUGAAACCGACACAAGAUUGUAUGGUUCAGGGGUGUGAGAGUUCAGAUUUCUAUCUGAUUUCAGAUUUUUUUUUUUUUUGAUUUUCAGCUUAAUUUCAGCUUAUUUUUGGCCUUCCUCUGUACAAAAAGUAUGGGAGCUCUUUCUAUUUCAGACUUUUUCAACACUCUUUCAGCUUUUUUCAGAUCUUUUUAUUUGUGACCACUCACACCCCUGAUGGUUGGGAUUACAUGUGUUGAGUUUGAAAGCUUUCUAUGACAUUCAUGUUUAGCAUUCAAGGAAAAUCUAAUGAUUUUAAGUGAAUUUUUGUCAUGAUUUUAGGAGAUCAUCAUGCCUUCAGGAAAAGAUCUUGCAAAUUUUUGGGAAAAUUAAAUUCUGUUUCACUUACAAGAUUCAGGGCUGGUAUUUAAUUUCAAGCACUGAUUUAACGUGGCUAAGCAAAAUGCUUAAACUCGUAUUCAGAUCACAUUUAAGUACUUUACUUUAUCAAGCCAUAACCAUUCUGACAUAAAAGUUGAGCUAAAUCACAAUGUAUGAAUCCAUCUGUGUGCAGAAUAUAUGACUAUGCGUAUCACGUUUGUAAACUGCACGCAAGCCAGACUUAAAUUUGGUAAGCGGCUGACUUAGAUUUAAAAAAAAAGAAGCAAAAUACUUAGCCAAAACAUGCAAUUGAAUACCAAGGAUAGAUAAGUAUUUUACUUAAGCAAAAUACUGAGUAAAAUAGUUUAAAUUCGGGCUGAAGUAUCAAAUUGAGUACCGGCCUGGUUCUUUAGUAGGUGGUCAACCAUUUGCAUAUGUGAUUGUUUCUGGCUCUUCUUAUAAAGAGAUACCCCCUAUAAGGAUAAGAAUGGGUUAGGUUUCUGACUUGUUUACCACUAUUAUGUGCAUUAGGAGGGAAGCCAUCUAAAUCACAUCCAUUAUCAAAGGUAUUUGGAAAGAAAACUAGCAAAAUUACCCCCUAAAAUUCAGAAUUGCUGUGAGAAGAUUUGUAAAUUAACCCCUAAUAUGAAAUAUUUUUUGGGAGAAAAUGCUAAUAGACCCAGAUUUUAAUGACAAUCAAUUAUAAUGCUGUGGGAACACUGGAAGCCAAUCAUAUCUACAAAAUGGUAUAAACUGAUACUAUAAAUGAUGAUAGAAUUUCAGUCAAAGUUAUAAAAAGAUAAUGUUUUAAUUCGUCAGUACUUGGAAUAUAAAUAUGAUUGAUUUUAUUUCUACUUUAUAUUUGUAUUUAUCCUAGUUUAUAGUUAUCAUUAUUUUAUCUACAUGUAGCUAAGCAUGCAAGCAUAUUUCAUAUUCCUGUGUUUGCUGAAAUUUCUUUUUAUGUUUAUAUUGCCACUGCUUCUAAUGAAAAGACUAUAACAUCAUGGAGAUUUCUUAAAUAGCCAAAAUACAUGUAGUUGUUUAAUGAAUCUAAGAUGUAUAUUGUAUUAAUAGCCUGCCAUUCCUAUUUAUCGCAAUUUGAACUACUGUACAUAAAGUUAUUGCCCCUUAUUCUCGAAACAGGUUUCGAUUGUUCCAUGGUACUGAACUAUAUAGACUAAGCAGAUUUUUGUGCAAAAUAAUAGUUUUCUUGGAUCAGCACAUCAAUACAGUCUUUCAUUCAUCAAUUACUACAGACCAAGCAGGUCUUUGCGCUCAUCCACUUCUGGCUUCCUUGUCAUUCCAAAAGUUUCAAAAACUUGGGGGGAAAGAUCAUUUGCUUUUGCAUGCCCCACUUUGUGGAAUAGCCUUCCUGAAGACAUUAAAAAAAAUGUACCUCUGUCGAAACUUUCAAAAAUCUUCUAAAAAACUUUUUUAUUUAACUCUUAGCUCUUUAUGUGCCUUGAGCACUCUACAGAGUGGUUUGGCGCUUUGUAAGUCACAUUAUUAUUAUUAUUUAUUAUUUUAUAAUAACGCUUAUUUCAUCGUGUACACUGAAAAAUCCAACUAAAUGUGCAGUUUUGGGCAAAGGGCGCUCAAAGGGAAGGGUGACAAUAUGGAGAAAUCUGCAUAAUCCACGGUUUUGUACUGUGAUACAAUUGAAACCUCUUUUUAGAAUACAGGCCUCGAUGUUCAAAACAAACCCCAAAUGUUCUGUUCUGUCAGAGGAGACAUAUUCCGAAGCGAAUGUUGUCUACUCAUCGAAAUUUUCAUCGCAAGAUAUAUUUAUGUCUGCAUGAGCUUCUCCAAGUCAAAUAAUCCCCUAUUUUUUUUAGACCAUAAAUUUGCUCAUUGCUUAGAAGUUACUAAUUAUUGUAACUUUGCCAUCAAAUGAUACCUUCCCUAAAAGAUUCUAAUGACUGAUUUACUUAUUG